AUGUCGAACCCACUUCCGCGUCCUGAGGAUGUCUACUCGCAGGAGUUUGUCCUGUAUGCGCCCGAUGGCUCGCAAUUUACCAUUUCCAUGGUCGAGAUCGAUUGGCUACGACACUUUGGGGUCCGAAUCGCCAUCAAUUGGGCCACGCAGAUUGGCGCGUCUGUCACCCUGCUUCUGGUGCUCCUCCUCUUGACCCGGCGCGACAAGCGGAAAUCCUCGAUCUUCAUCAUGAACGCGCUUUGCCUGGUUCUCAACGCUAUCCGCUCGAUCCUCCAGUGCGUCUACCUUACAACGCCCUACUUCCACCCCUACGCCGUGAUCGCCAACGACUACACCCGCGUCACUCCUGCACACCGCGCUAUCUCCGUUGUAUCCAACACCAUCACGCUCAUACUCGUUGUGAGCAUCCUGGUCUCUCUGAGUCUUCAGGUAUGGGUCGUCUGCAUCACCGCGAAACCGCUGCAAAAGUGGAUCAUCAUGGGCGGCACGUCACUUACCGCAAUUGUGGCCAUCGGUUACCGCUUCGCUGUAAUGAGUAUUAGCAAUAAGCAGACCAUGAAGGAUGAAAGUAUGGAAGCCUACGACGGACUGGUGAAUGAUAUGUACAUCACAUUCGCUGUCGCUGUCUGGGCCUACUGCGCAGUCUUCACGUUCAAGCUCGGACAUGCCUUGCUAGAGCGCAAGAGGCUUCGGAUGACGCAAUUUGGUCCGAUGCAGAUCAUCUUUAUCAUGGCUAUCUUCACCUGCCUCAAUUUCUACGACGCAGUUCCUGAGCUUGCUUCCCAGAGCAUUACCGUCAUCUGUAUUUUCCUGCCUCUCUCUGCCAUUUGGGCAGGCCUCGUGGCCAGCGACUCAAGUGUUGGUAGUAGUGGCCCCGACUCCCACCAACGCCUCUUUAAGAACGAGUUUGCCCGAUCGUCGUCCACUACCUACGGCGACAGGAGCCAUCUGACCGGCAACACCUUCGGCAGCGGCAAGGAGCCUGAGAAUCCCCGUGGCCACCACUACCAUCAGACCAAGGAUUCCGUCGACAACGGCAUUUAUAUGCAGAAGGAGUGGCAUGUCGAGGCUGCCGAGGGCGGACAGCCUAGCGAUAUUGUUCGUACGGUCUGAUCUCGCUCGGACCUUGAAUUGGCCGCAACAACACGGUCUUUUCCAUCACACUGGAGUGGUUGCCCAUCUUGCUUCGACAUUUCUUCAGCAUAUCCUCUAAUUUCGAACUUCAAUAUUCGACGCCUCUCUUUCGAGCACGAUAUUCUACGUUGCUCGUUGGUCCUAACUGCUUCAGUGCACUUUGAGCGGCCUUCCACUGUUUUCACAACCAAGGAUGUUGGCGAUUCUGGCGACAGAGAUUUGGGUUCGCGUGGAGAUUAUUUUUGGCUGG